GCCUAGGCCCGCUGGCCGGAUGGCUGGGACUGAUGUCCCGCCGGGCUCCGCUGGGUGAGACAGGAACACAACUUCCUCGUUCUUCCGGCUCGGGUUCUCACCCAGGCAGGCGCAGCAACCCCAUCGGUUGUCGCGAUCCGUUUAAGACUAAGGCAGGCGCGGUGGCGGACGGGUGUGGCAGGGCCCUGGCACAUGCGCAGCCAUGCAUGGCCCCACCACUCUGCUGCUCCUCUUCCUGGCCAGUCAGGCCGAAGCCUUUCGCAUCUGCGCCUUCAAUGCCCACCGGCUGACGCUGGCCAAGGUGACCAGGGAGCAAGUAAAGGACACCUUAGUACAGAUCCUGGCUCGCUGUGACAUUAUGGUGCUGCAGGAGGUGGUGGACGCCUCCAACAAGACCAUCUCCUUCCUGCUAGAAGAACUUAGAAGCAAAUUCUACAACUCAAGGUGCUACGGCUUCCUAAACAGCCCACAGCUGGGGCGCAGCACAUACAAGGAGAAGUAUGUGUACAUCUACCGGUCCGACAAGACCCAACUCCUGAAUUUCUACCAGUAUGAAGAUGAGGAUGACCUAUUUGCCCGGGAGCCUUUUGUGGCCCAGUUCACUUUGCCUAGUAAAAUCCUUCCCAGUGUGGCGCUGGUCCCACUGCACACCACCCCUAAGGACGUGGAGAAUGAGCUGAAUGCCCUCCAUACCGUAUUCCUGGAUGUUGCCCGCCGCUGGCAGAGCAAGGACAUCAUUCUGCUGGGGGAUUUCAAUGCCGACUGUGCCUCGCUGGCCAAGAAGCGCCUGAACACACUGCUGCUGCGCACCGAGGUGGGCUUCAGCUGGGCCAUUGCUGAUGGCGAGGACACCACUGUGCGCGCCAGCACCAACUGCACCUAUGACCGCAUCGUGCUGCAUGGUGUGACCUGCCAGGGGCUGAUGCGUACUGCUUCGGCCUUCAACUUCCCCCAGAGCUUCCAGCUCUCUGAGGAGGAGGCCCUUACCAUCAGUGACCACUACCCUGUGGAGGUGGAGCUGGACAAGGCUACACACUGCGUGCAGCCUCCCAGCCUGGCCUUCCUGCUGCUACCAGUGUCAGUGCUGCUGCCACUCCUGACCCUUCAGUGUAGCCUGGUCGCCUGACUCAAACCCUGCCAUCUCUGUCCUCAGCUAAGCCAUAGGCAACUCCCAAGGCCCUUUUGCUCGCCCACCCUCCAGUUUAGGGUUAGGUUCCCAUGGCUUUGCCUUUUGAGCUAGGAAUUGAGGCUGAACCUUGGCCACCCACUCGGCACCAUCAGGGGCCAAGAGACAAGCCAUUGUAGCCUGAGAAGGGAUAGCCUGGCUCAGGCUCUCACCUCAGCCAAACCCUUCAUGGAUCACAACAGAUCCAAGUAUUCUGUGACAAAAAGCAAACCAGUGCAGUGGGAACCGGCCCAACAAGAAGGCCAGACGGGCAGACAGGAGAGAUAAGGUAUCCCCAAAAACCACCCAGCCCAGUCCUGUGGCAAGUAUAACCUGUGUGACACGGGCACAGGGCGUGGAACCAAGGUGACAGAAUUGAGGCCACUUCCAUUUAUGACUUACAGCCUUCUCCCUGAGGUCCAAAAUAAAGGUAAUCUGAAACACUAGGAAGGCUCCAAAUAAAAAUUAUGAAAAGUCCAA